AUGCAGCUGAUGCGCGCGGGGGACAAGUGGGAGCUGUUCGUGCCCGCCGCCCUCGGCUACGGCGAGAGGGGCACGCCUGGCGGGCCCAUCCCGGGGGGCGCCGCGCUGAUCUUCACGAUGGAGAUGGUGGAGGUCGGGUCCUCGGACGACGACUGGGGCGGCCCGCCGACCUGGGUCUGGGUGCUGCUGGGGCUCCUCGUCCUCGGCGGCGUCCUCGCGGGCCAGCUCGGCCUCCUCGGCGGCGGCCCCACCGCGCCGCGGGGCCCGGUCGUCAGCCUGGAGGAGGCCAGCCGGCCCGAGAACCCGCGCGUGUUCUUCGACGUGCAGAUCGGCGGCGAGGCGGCGGGCCGCAUCGAGAUGGAGCUGUUCAGCGGCGUGGCGCCGAAGACCGUGGAGAACUUCCGGGCGCUCGCCACUGGCGAGAAGGGGGUCGGCAAGGCCGGCAAGCCUCUCCACUACAAGGGCAGCGUGUUCCACAGGAUCAUCCCUGGCUUCAUGUGCCAGGGAGGCGAUAUCACGAAGGGGAACGGCAUGGGGGGCGAGUCGAUCUACGGGCACAAGUUUGCAGACGAGUUCGAGAUUGGGAUGGUGAAGCAUUCGGAGCCGUUCCUGCUCUCCAUGGCGAACGCUGGCAGGGACACCAACGGGUCGCAGUUUUUCAUCACGGUCGGGAAAACGCCGCACCUGGACGGCAAGCACGUGGUGUUCGGCAAGGUUAUCGGCGGUGUGGAUGUCGUGAAGAAGAUGGAGAAGGCUGGGUCCUCAGGCGGGCGCACUUCCUCAAAGGUGGAGAUCGUGGACAGCGGCGAGCUGAAGUGA